UAAUAUUAGUGCAGAAAACUGUACCUUUAAUUUAAAUGCCCUUGGAGUCUGCUGGGGAAGAGAAAUAAUACUGUCAGUCAGUAUGACAUGCAGAUGAGUGCCGUCAAUCUUAGAAUCACCGCACACUUCACUCAUUUGGGCAGUCACGGGGCCAAAACCAGAGUGUGGAGCCACAAGUGUGGCGAUAGAGACAGCAGCAAUGGGAGGCCGUACAGGGACCCAUGACACACUUGGACCUGCAGCAGCAUGAGGAGGCGGUACAGGGGCCCAUGGACAGAUUACGGGCCUGGCCCAGCAGUAUGAGGAUGUCGGUACGGGGGGGCCCAUGGCAGAUUACGGGCCUGAGCAGCAGCAAUGGGAGGCGUACAGGGACCCAUGACACACUUCUGGACCUGGCCGCAGCAUGGGGAGGCGGUACAGUGGGCCAUGACAGAUUAGGGCCUGGUCUAGCAGCAUGAGGAGUCGGUACGGGGGCCCAUGACACAAUCUGGACUGGCAGCAGCAUGAGGAGGCGGUACAGGGCGCAUGACAGAUUACGAG